AGGAGGGAUUUGUCACUGCCAUCUCCCGCGGGCAGUAUGAGAUGAUGCCUUUCAGCACCUUCUUAUAUCGCUGCUGCCCGAUUUUGGUGUUCUCCAUAGUCUGGGAAACACACCAGCGAGGAUUCAAACCAGCAACCUCUUGCUCCCUAGGCAAGUUACUUCCCAGCUGCGCCAUUAGGUGGCACCAGACUCCUAAUAGUCCUAUUGAAAAAAACCUCUCUCAAACGCAAUGUAAGAAUCGUCAAAGCCAGCGAAACUCGAGUUUGUGGGGUUUCUGGAGGACUGGCGAAGAAUACUCAGUCUAUGAGAGGAUUCGCACCACUGUGGGAUACACAUCCGAACAUGCGCGCGCUGUAACUAGACAAAGAUUGUAGGUGCCUUGAUCAUAAGGUAUGGACAGAGCUGUUAGUAGCUGUUAAUGAACGCUCUGCAGCCUGCCCGCCCCCUUGGGCUACGACGAGGCGCGCUCAGAGCACGGUGCGCCUGCGCAUUCCCUGCGCUUCCGCUAUCUGCCUCUCCUUGGACGGUUACUGCCCGAAAGAAAGUUGGCGCCUGAGGUGACCGAAAAGGGUCGCUGCGGAUGGUGCUGAUGACGUGCUAGAAGCGCGCCGGCCGCUGGAGGAAGAGAGAGCGCGGGGGCGCCGCUUGGGUGUCGAGAACUUCUGGAGCGCUAAAAAACCACCAAUGCUUUAGCCUUAACUCAUCAGGAAGGUACUUCUUGGUUGCUCUUUUCCAGUUCUGCAGUAUCCUUCUAGUGACGGGACAACUUGAACUACAUGUAGUACUUCAUAUGGAACUGCACCAUAGAUCUGUACAAAGGCUUGGAAUCCUUACUUUAGACACCUGUGAGCUGGUAUUCUUCCAAAUAUGACAAGACUCUCUGCGUAGCUAAUAGCUGGGAUGUUUUAGGAAAGAGUUCCCCUUAAGGCUGAUGGUGUCCAGCUGCUUUUUGGACUAAACUUCUGGAAAUUCUUGCUGCGUGACCAGAGACGAGACUGCUGCCAUGGAUCAAAACAACAGGUUACCACCCUACGCCCAGGGUUUAGCAUCUCCUCAGAGUGCAAUGACUCCUGGUCCGAUGAUUUUUAGUCCGAUGAUGCCUUAUGGCACAGGGCUUACACCCCAACCUGUUCAAAGCACCAACAGCUUAUCUAUUCUGGAAGAGCAGCAGAGGCAGCAGCAGCAGCAGGCAGCAGCACAGCAGUCUACAUCUCAACCAACACAGGGAGCAUCCGGACAAACACCACAGCUCUUCCACUCACAGACACUUACCACAGCUCCUUUACCAGGAACCACACCCCUCUACCCCGCUCCAAUGACUCCCAUGACCCCAAUAACUCCUGCAACACCUGCUUCUGAAAGCUCUGGGAUUGUACCUCAACUACAGAAUAUUGUGUCUACAGUAAAUCUUGGUUGCAAACUUGAUCUAAAAACCAUUGCUCUUCGUGCUCGAAAUGCUGAGUACAACCCCAAGCGUUUUGCUGCUGUAAUUAUGAGAAUAAGAGAGCCACGUACCACUGCCCUUAUAUUCAGCUCUGGGAAAAUGGUGUGUACAGGGGCUAAAAGUGAGGAUCAAUCUAGGUUGGCUGCCAGAAAGUAUGCUCGAGUUGUGCAGAAGUUGGGCUUUCCAGCCAAAUUCUUGGACUUUAAGAUUCAGAAUAUGGUAGGAAGCUGUGAUGUAAAAUUCCCCAUCAGGCUGGAGGGAUUGGUACUGACACAUCAGCAAUUUAGCAGUUAUGAGCCAGAGUUGUUUCCUGGUUUAAUUUACAGAAUGAUCAAGCCAAGAAUUGUCCUGCUUAUUUUUGUUUCUGGGAAAGUUGUUUUAACUGGUGCAAAAGUCAGAGCUGAAAUUUAUGAAGCAUUUGAAAAUAUAUAUCCUAUUUUAAAAGGAUUCAAAAAGACAACGUAACAGUUCCCUGUGCUUAUCCCAGAAGUUGGGGCACAUUAGAAAAGGUAUUGAUUAUGGCACAGCAGUAAGAGACUUGCAGACUGCAACAUCAGGACUUGGAGUAUUUUUCCAGUUAGUGCCUACUUCCCUGAUCUUCAUGGGAAGGGAAGUGCUCUCUCUGUAUUACUUCGGUAUUGAAUUACUGUGACUUGUUUCGGUGAGCUCUCUGAAGAAACAAUUGUUUUAUUUAUAUUUUAGCUUUUAAACAUCUAAUCUUUAUUUGCAAAUCUUACACUGGCAAGUUGGUUUAAGACAAACCAUGUUGUCCAAUACUUAACCCAUUUUGGUUACAGUAUUAAGUUCUUUUAACCAUGGAUUUUAUAACCAGAAAUUUUAAUAUUAUGUUUUUAGACCUACCUUGUGCCAGAUACAUUCCCUAUUUCCAGUGUUCAGCAGGACAGAAUAAAUUUGCUAAUGAAUACAGAUGGCUGUAUAUAUUUCUCCAUUUGAGUUCUUAAUGUAUAGUAAUUGCUGUUUCUAAAAUGGGGUGGGGGGAAUUAAAUAGUAAAAUCUGACUGCCUCAUGCUGCUGUUUAAUGUGCUAAAUGCAUGCUUGUAGAAUGCUUAAAUGUAUUGAAUUGGUUUUUAUAAGACUUUUUCUUAACAGUGCAGUAUUAAAGCAAUGUGUUUUGACACUUAAAAUCA